AUGUGUCUAUUUUUCCAUGGAACAUCAACUCACCAUCUCACCACCCCCGUCGCCGCUUCCACUGGUGACAGGGGGACACACUUGGUAAGCAUCUGUCGCCUUGCCCCUUCCUCCUCCUCACUCACCUCAUAUUGCCGGGUGCAGCCACACAGUGCGUGUGCGCUGUGCAGCCCCACUCACUGUGCCUGUCUCACCAACCCGCUGCUCACGCUGGAGUAUCUGGCGCCCGUGAUGGCGCCCGUGAUGGCGCCCGUGAUGGCGCCCGUGUGCGGCAUCUUCUCGCUGCUGCAUGAGCCCUUGUCCUCGCUCGCCUCCUCGCCCUACUUUGACACGUGGCCUCACGCCCUCUGGACCCUCGCCGUCUUGCCUCUGGGGGGCGUCCUCGCCUUCUGCAUGAUCAGGGCGGAGUUUCUGCUGGUGAAAGAGACCAGCGCUGUCACCUUCUCUGUGGCCGGCACCGCCAAGGAGGUCGUCACCAUCCUGGUGUCGCACAUGGUGUUUGGCGACCGCUUCACGCGUGUCAAAGUGCUGGGCAUCGUCAUCAUCAUUCUCGGCGUCUCCCUCUACAACGCCUACAAGUGA